AUGGCUGACGUCUGUUCGCACACACUGGCACUUACUGCCCAUAUCUCUGUGGAUCUAUCAACGCAACGCCCUCCCUUCUUCCCCCUUAGCCCCAUCGAGCAUGACGGCCGGAUCCUCAACGGCUGCCACCUGCAAAAAUUUUGCAUGUGUAAGUCGUUUCUUGGCGCGCAAUCCAGAUUGCCUAGGCUGCACCAGAGUCAAGAACGCAUGUGA